GAACGUUGCACUGCUGUGAGAUAACUCCACACACUGUAGGGUGGUGCUGCCGCAAUGUCUUCAUCCAUCGCAGCCGGCCGCGUGAAGCUGGCCCACUGCCCAUUCCUGCCUAGCUUGCCCCGUCAUAAACCACACCUGCUCUGCUCCUAGCAUUUAUCACAAAACAGCAACGACAUCAUCGAAACUCUCUGCAACAAACGCAAUCCCUCAGACAUGGGUGUAUCCAAGCUGCCGCCCGUAGCAGACAUCCCAACCUUACCAACAGCGGACCGAGCAGCAAUCCUCGACUUGUUAUUCGAGCCAAGCACACAACUCCACACAUUAUCAGUCCCCUUACUACAUGAAAAACAAUUUGAAAGCUACACCGACCUGAUUUCAUCCAUCGGCGUCCAACUCACCGACCUCGCCGAAUCUGCUUCAUCUUCAGACACAGCAUGGCUCGAAAGCAUUCUCGGCUCACAUCCUCGCCUUGGCGCAAAGAAAGUUGAAAGCGCGCAAUCGCAAGCCGAGCAAGCACAAUUGCAGGGCAAUGCACAUGAAACAGAGCAAUUGCAUACUCUCAACGAAGAAUACGAGAAAUUUUACCCUGGCCUUCGAUACGUGGUGUUCGUGAACGGGAGGAGUAGAUCUGUGAUCAUGCACGAUAUGCGUGAACGGAUCGCAAACAGCAACCUCCAGGCAGAGAGAUUGGCGAAUAUCAGGGCCAUGUGUGAGAUUGCUGCUGAUAGAGCGAGUAAAUUGUCCUCGGCGCAAUCGUCGUAGGUUAUGAUGCGAAGACAAAGAAGUCAAUAUGACCAACAAGCAGCGAGAAUGGCGCGUCCAUGUUUGCCUUAAGACAUUCCAUAACGAUUGCGAUUUCACAUUGCCACUUACAGAAUAUCAUAUUCACGAC